AUGCAUUCUUUGGUGGUGGAAUCUGCGAUUUGGUAUUCGUUUGUGAUAAUAAUUGUGGUUCUCAGAUAUAUUUCAAGAUGGGUACAACUCGGAUCGAUCAAGAAUUAUCAGCUCCAAGAUUAUCUCAUGUUCGCUGUGUUUCUCUUCUAUACCACGCUGGUUGUAUCCACGAAUAUUGUAUACGAUUUCGACACAAAUCUCAUACUGCCAUCUGAUAUUCCCAAGCUCACUCCUGACUCUAUUGCGUCGCGUAUAAAAGGAAGCAAACUCGUGCUUGUGGUGGAACAGUCGAUGAUCAUGACCAUCUGGGGCGGCAAAGCUUGCUUAUUGUGCAUGUAUUUGAAGAUGAUGUAUGCGGCCCUUGGCACAGCAACUCAUCACCUGAUUGUUAAUGCGACGUUUAACAUCAGUUCAGAUCUCAUGAUGUUGUUUAUACCCAUGCCGCUAGUUAUCAAAGCACAACUCCCCACAUUGAAAGAAGCAUCAACUGUGAUGAUCAUUACCAACAUGCCGAUGUGUUGGCCAUUAGCAAGAAAAUUAUUCGGCUUGAGAUCGUGGUCGGGAUCCAUAGAACGUACGAAAUCGAAAAGCAAGACGUCACCGAAGAAAUACUUGAGCACUAUUCUGACUGGCUCUAAAUUUGGGAACAAAAAAGAAAACUCAGCAUAUAGAAGUGAGAGUAGAGAGGGGAUAUUUGAUGUAAAUGCAGGUGUCUCGGGAAGAUCAAUAGGGCUAGAAAUAUGGGAAAGCAGAGAAGUGAGUGUACGCAAUGAGGAACCAAAUUCCAAACAAGGGCGGAUCAACAAUACGACAACUGUCACCGUAUCAAGAUCGAUGGACAGUUUGAGUGAGCACUCGAAGAGCAAUAUGGGAUCAGAGAGUCGAGAAUAUAUAGGCCAUGCAGUAUGA